AUGCCGGAGGGCAAGGCUCCUCAUUUUCCUCAGCAACCAGUCGCUCGCCAAAACGACGAUGGAUCCUUGGAAUUGGAAUGCUUCCUAGAAGCACAACCUGUACCCGACAUCAAAUGGUUCUACGAUACGACAGAGCUUAAACAGGAUGGCCGUUUUAGUUUUCGCCUGGAUAAUAAGGGGAAUGACUCGUAUUCUGCCAUUCUGCAAAUCAAAGAUUUGGCUGAUAGCGAUGCAGGAGCGUACCGAUGCGCAAUUGUGAACCCUCAUGGCAAGGGCAAUGCUAAUUUCAACCUCAAGCUUACAGGAUUCAGUGCACCAACGUUUAUUGAGAAGCCACAAAUUUCUUCCCGCGACGAUGGACAAAUUAUGGUCAUGGAAUUUCGCGCUAAGUCCAUCUUGAAGCCGACAUUCGUCUGGCAAAAGGUUUUUGUCGGUGACGAAAUAGUUGCGGAAUCUGAUCGCGUCAAGAUUAUUUUGAAGGAGGAAGCCAACCAGAUCUACUAUGCUGCUCUUGAGAUCAAGGAGCCAACCAAAGAAAAGGACGCUGGCCAAUUUGUAUGCACAGCGAAAAACGAAUCAGGAAAACUUACCGCUACAUUUACUGUGAAGUUUGAAGUUCCACAAGGAGCUCCUACCUUCACUCGCAAGCCCCAGAUCUUGCAGAAGACUUCAGAUUCAGGAGAUCCGGCAAUUGUAUUUGAUAUUGGAUUUCAGGCUGACCAAAAUCCUGAGGUCAUCUGGUUGAAUCCGAAAGGCAAGAAGAUGAAGGAAUCAAGUCGAAUUAAGUUUGGAUUGUCCCCAGAUGGUGGUGCCAACACUUAUACUGCUCUUUUGGAGCUCAAGAAUUACAAAGCCAAAGACACUGGAACGUACACUUGCAACAUUAGGAAUGAAGCCGGUGAAGCCAACGUUGAACUCACUCUUAACAUUGAAGGUUAG